GCCUGCAGCAGGGUGUUGUGUGUGAGUCUGCGGUAAGGUGUGGGGGUCCUGUGUUGUCUCUGCGGUGCGGGGGGAGUGCUGCGAUCUGUCUCCUCAGUGCAGAGUGUGAUCAGACUGGCCCUGCCUGCAGUGCCCGCAUGGAUGUGAAGGAACCAGAGGAGCUGGGUAGCCCCCAGCCAGUGACACUUCAGGCCUUUGCCAGUGGCUCCACCCUUCAUGGCCUUGCCCACAUCUUUUCCUAUGAGCGUUUUUCAUGUCGGCGGAUGAUCUGGAUUUUAUGUUUCCUGGGCUCUAUGUCCCUUUUGCUGUUUGUGUGUACUGAGAGGAUCAUCUAUUACUUUGAUUAUCCACAUGUCACCAAACUGGACGAGAUUGCUGCUGCCAGGAUGACCUUUCCAGCUAUAACCUUCUGUAACCUCAAUGAGUUCCGCUUCAGCCGAGUAACAAAGAAUGACCUUUACCAUGCGGGGGAGCUACUGAGUCUGCUCAACAACCGUUAUGAGCUUCCAGACUCUCACCUUGCAGAUGAAAAAGUCAUGGAAGUCCUUCAAGAAAGAGCCAACUUCCGUAACUUUAAGCCAAAGCCAUUUAAUAUGAAAGAAUUCUAUGACCGCACUGGACACGACAUCCGGGAGAUGCUCCUCAGCUGCAAGUUCCGGGGGGAAGAGUGUGGUCCUGAUGACUUCGUUCCUGUUUUUACAAGAUAUGGGAAGUGCUACACUUUUAAUUCGGGCCAGAAUGGACGUCCGAUAUUAAUAACUACUAAAGGUGGAACAGGAAAUGGUCUGGAGUUAAUGUUGGAUAUCCAACAAGAUGAAUAUUUGCCAGUGUGGGGAGAAACAGAUGAGACCUCAUUUGAAGCUGGAAUCAAGGUUCAGAUUCACAGUCAAGAUGAACCUCCUUUCAUUGACCAGUUGGGGUUCGGCGUGGCUCCUGGAUUCCAAACAUUUGUGUCUUGCCAGGAGCAGCGACUAAUAUACCUGCCUCCACCAUGGGGAGACUGCAGAUUUAGCGCCAUGGAUUCAGAGUUCUUUGAUACAUACAGUAUUUCUGCGUGUCGGAUAGACUGCGAGACACGGUACCUGGUGGAGAACUGUAAUUGUCGCAUGGUACACAUGCCUGGAGAUGCUGCCUAUUGUACUCCGGAGCUGUACAAAGAAUGUGCCGACCCUGCCCUAGAUUUCCUAGUUGAAAAGGAUAACGACUACUGUGUAUGUGAUACUCCAUGUAACAUGACACGGUUUGGGAAGGAGAUGUCCAUGGUGAAAAUCCCCAGCAAAGCUUCAGCACGCUAUCUGGCUAAGAAGUACAACAAAAGCGAGCAAUACAUAUCGGAGAACAUUUUGGUACUGGAUAUUUUCUUUGAAGCACUGAACUAUGAAACCAUAGAGCAGAAGAAGGCAUACGAGGUGGCAGGACUUCUUGGGGACAUUGGAGGACAGAUGGGACUAUUUAUUGGAGCAAGUAUCUUAACAGUUCUCGAGCUCUUUGACUAUGCCUAUGAGAUUUUAAGAUACAAAUUGUGUGGAGGCGGAAAAUGCGGGAAGGAUUCAAAACGUAACAACAAUGACAAAGGAGCAACACUAAGUAUGGACGAUGUAAAGCGCCAUGCUCCAUGUGAGGGUGUAAGAGGGCACCCAGCAGGUAUGAGCUACACAGCCAACAUUCUCCCCCACCAUGCGGUACGUGGAGCAUUUGAAGACUUUACAUGCUAAGACCAUGUCCUGAAACAGCCAAGAGAGCAAAAUCAUCAUCUGAAAGUAGCAAGAGUUUGGGAGAAGUGGAGAAGAGAGCACAAGAGUCUGGAUGAAAAUCUACAUAACCAAAAACGGCAACUCCUUAACUAUAAAGAGUGUGAAUCUGUUCUGUGUAAGAGACAGCCUAGUGAGCAGUGCGAGAAUGAAUAAGAGGCCACCUCAACCUCCUCAAGUCUGUGACUAAGAAAAUAAGCUGUACUAAUGACAGCAGAGACAUUGCGAGCAAUAUAAGAGGCCUAUAUUAUUAUACUUACAUACUUGGGACACAGUAAUUUAAUGCCAGACACAGAGAUAUGUAGCAUAGAAACAUCUGCAAACGACGGGCUACCAAUAAUGACGAAGACCACAUAAAUCCAUAGAAUCUCUAUCAGCCAAGACACGGGCAAUCUGUCCUCCAAAGGAAGAUGCAACUAAAGAUGGGGAAGGCACGGCAUGCAGGAGUGGUAAUAAAUUCUAUAGGUUCUCACAUACGAUAAUGCUACAUGCCAUUAAGAAGCCGACUGUUUGAACAGUAUAUGCUUGAUCCAGCUGAAGUCAAGAGAAAGUGGGUAGAGUUUUAAAAAACCUCAGAAUCAAUGUCUCAAUGUAAUACAGACAGAAAUUGCUCCUUUGUCGUGGAAGAAUAAAAUAAUAAUUCCUAUUUGUUAUCUGAAAAUUCCAGUAGUAAUUUAGUGUAAGUCAUGAACAGAUUCACAGCGAAGUCUACUUGGGUAUUCCCCAUUAUAGUAAAAUAAGGCACCUUUAAUAGUAAUUCUUGAUAGAGACAUAAAGCUCUGUUUUCAUGUUUCUAAUGAAAUGGGCAUGGAUUUCGA